GCUUCUUUUGCUGUUUGCCUGAAUAUAUAGUUGAUGUUUUUUUACUGCUAGAUUGAUGCCUUCUUUACUGUGAGUGAAAUGAGUGUUUGGAUAUUUUGGUUACUUGUUGCUUUCUGGUGUUCUUCUGUGCUGUUUUGGGCCCAUCUGUAUGAAUUUCUGAUGUUGUACAGCUUACUGGGCUGUGAAUGUGUGGUUGUUUCCAUGGCUGUUCCUUUGGCUGUGAUCAGACAGAGGUGUUAGUGGCUUGACGGUGAAUGAGCUGAGAGAGAAAGGGUCAAUGUCUGUAAUCAUAUAGUCUACUGUGCUGUGGCCAAGAGGUGAGCAAUAGGUGAAUCUCCCCAGAGUCCCCCGGUAACCUACCAUUGACAAAGUACAAACCCAGGCUUCGACAGAGCUGCAACAGAUCCCUUCCGUUUUUGUUGAUGGUGCUGUCACUGUUGUUUCUAUGGGGGAGAUUAAGACAGUUAGAAACAGUAUGGCCUGUAAUAAAGCUGUCUCCUCAUGUGGUCGUUAGAUCAGGUAGUGUUCCUGUGCGCACAUUUGUGUCCCCACAGAUGAGCAAAUUUCCUGGGCCUGUAAAUGGCACGUCUCUUCCUCACGGCUGGGGAAUAUCUCCUCAGAGUAAUAUGGGGAUUCUGAGGGGGGGAUAUAUAUUGUGCAAAGGAACACAUAUUUUUCUGUCAGCACAAGUUCUUUUUUCAAUUAGAGUUUGUAGUUCGGAUUUGUACCAAAUGAUCAAUCCUCCAGAGUCUCUGCCUCUAUUGACAGAGCUAUGUUUCUGUGACUGCACAAUUACCUCUCUGUAGCCUGUGGGACAGUGAGUGACAAUAUCUGCCUUACACCAUGUCUCCUGCAGAAUGAUGACGUCAACAUCUUUAAGAUUUAUUUUGAACUUCAGUGCUAAACUCUUCAGUCCAAAGGUUGAUGAGUUUAGGCCCUGAAUGUUCCACAUGGUAACUGAUAGCGAUAUCAUUUAGCGAUGAAUAUUCGCUUCUAGAGCUCUCUCAGCUAAAUACUUAUCUCCGAUAGCGCGACGAGAUCGCUAAUGAUAUCAUCUCUCACUCUUCUCUCCUCUCCUCUCUCUCUCGCUAUAGCGCUCUCUCUCUUCCGCUCUCCCUCCCUCCCUCUCUUUCUUUCUCUCUAUCUCUCUCUCCCUCUCUUUCUCUAGUGUUUAAAUGAAUAGAUAAUAAACAGCUUUAGUGUGGGCAGAGACAGAGGUGUCACAGACCACUUUCUCACUCUGUUUCUCUCUGUCAUCUGUGCUAGGCGGAGGUUGGCACCACAUUGACUGUAAAUGACAUGUUGUGUCGACAAAUCUCUUCUCACUUAUCUUUAUGGUGUGUGCGUGCGUGUGUGUGUGUGUGUGUGUGUGUGUGUGUGUGUCUGUGUGCAUGUGUAGAUACCAUAGGUCAAUGGGAUGUUAACUGUCCUGAUGAUAACUUAGUGUUAUCCAUUCAGAUCCCAAGACAUGUUAGUAUCCGGUCCCUGGGAAAAUUGUUGGAUGUGGAUGUGACUUUAAAAAUAAUAAUAGAAAUAUAAGGAAGAAGAAUGAUUGGCACCAUACAGUAGCUGGUAUUUAUAGUUUCUCUCCUAUUGGCCAAAAUCCAUCAUCAUGACAUCCCUGGACAGGAAACAGGAAGUAGACAAUGUUCCAUCAGAACAGAGAAGCGAGAUAAAAGCAACAAUCCAUCUGUCAUCCCUCUCUCUUCCUCCCUCCCUCUCUCUCUUCCUCCCUCCCUCUCUUUCUCUCUCUCGUCCUCCCUCUCUCCCGUCCUCUCUCUCUCUCUCCCUCUCUCUGUCAUGCCCGCUCUCUCUCUCUCUCUCUCUCUCUCUCUCUCUCUCUCAAUAUCUCUCUCUCUCUUCUUCUCUAUUAUGCCCACUCUCUCUGUCUCUCUCCCUAGACACUGGGGUGGGAGAUACCACACUGACAUAAAUCACACACACACAGCUUCACACACAGUGUCUGUUAUCAUUCUGAACGUGCUUACUACGCUAAUGAUCUGUUUAUUUUGUAUUGUAGAUAUAUAGUGGUGUAAAAAUGUUAAAUAAUGUACUGUUUUAUAUUUUGUUUUAUGUGUGAUGUAAGUGCCUUAAUGUGUUUGGACCCCAGGAAGAGUAGCUGCUGCCCUGGCAGGAACUAAUGGGGAUCCCUAAUAAAUACAAAUACACAUAGGACAAAAACUCACCUAAAUACAACACAUUAAUCUAGAAGAUUAUCUGAAGGUUUUCUGAGGCCAGUCAGAACUCACAGACACACACAGACGUCAUCAUGACAUCGCAACACACACACAGAACAAGACUCAACAUGCUUCCACACACUAAGAGCCAGACACUGUCAUAAGCCAACUGCGUUUUACAGUCAAAUGUGUGUGUGUUAGUGUGUGUGCACGCCUGCCUUGACUUGCCUCAGAUAACUUUCUAGACUUCUGACCAGAGAUGACAUCACAUCACUCUUGUUGCCAUGGAGCCCCGCCUAUCUGUCUGUCUGUCUGGCUUGGCGUUGCACUAACGACACACACGCAUACUUGGGUUCUGUCUUUAAUGUGGUGUGUUUGGAAAGGCCCAGUGCCUGUUAAGAUGAUUAUUUCUCUCUGGCUCUGGCAGUGAGACUAAGUCUACUCUGUGUGAUGGGAGUCUUACUGUAGGGUACAAGCAGAGCUCUAAUGACUGGCAUUAUAGUUUCCAGUAAGACAUUAAUGAUAGUACUGGUUCCUGUCCUACCCAUUAUACACACACACACACACACACACACACACACACACACACACACACACACACAUACUAUACUAUACUAUUUUGGAAGACAGUUCCACUGACUUCCUGUAGCUCUCUGCAGGGCCGGCCAGUCAGCCAAUGACGUAGCAGCAUCUCUAACCAAUGGCCCUCUACUGUUAGUGGGAAACCUUUGGUUAUAUUCUGGGCUGUGUGUGUGUGUGGGAGUUGUGUGUGUGUGUGGAGACACACAUCCCUGACAUCCUUCCCCUCAAAUUCAAGUUCACACGCAGGCAAGCACGUACACGUCCACACACCCACACACACUGCUGCAGGGAUGAUCUGUACUGUAAUAGAGAGUGAUAAGACAUGCAGAGCAACAUACACCUGUCUCUUUCUCUUAGACAGAAACAACUUCUCUACAAAGCAGACAACGUUAUGACUAUUCAACGGUUAAAGGACUCUCUUCUCCUCCUCUCCUCAUCCAGGUGUGCCCUGUUCUGAGGGUUGAGAGCUAGGCAUGCUGGGUAAAGACCCCCCCACCACCAGCAGCCUUACCCUGAUGACCUCUGACCCCUCUGACAUCACUGUGGAACCCAGUGACAUCAGCAGGAAGAUGUCGGGCGUAGUUGAGAGUUUGGACACCAGAGAGUUGGACAUGGGAGAUGGAGAGGAGACUGACAAUGACCCUAACACAAUAGGUGUGUGUGUGUGUGUGUGUGUGUGUGUGUGUGUGUGUGUGUGUGGACGUGUUUAACUAUUCUUGUGUGGACCAGAAGUCAAAUAGUAAACAAACAAAGAUUUGACCAACUGGGGACAUUUUGUUAGUCCCCACGAGGUCAAAUGCUAUUUCUAGGGGGUUUAGUGUUAAGGUUAGGGUUAGGGUUAGGGUUAGAAUUACGUUAAGGGUUAGGGUUAGGAGCUAGGGUUAGGUUUAGGGUUAGGGUUAAGGUUAGGUGUCACGCUCGUUCAUAAACGAGACGGACCAAGGCGCAGCGUUAUAUGCGUACAUGUUUAUUUAAACUUAAUAAACAACACGACAAAACAACAAAUGAAACACAAAACAUACCUCACACGGAACAAGAUCCCACAACCCACUAGUGCCAAUAGGCUACCUAAGUAUGGCUCCCAAUCAGAGACAACGAGCUACAGCUGCCUCUGAUUGGGAACCACACCGGGCAACAUAGAUCUACACGAUCUAGAUACUACACAUAGAAAAUCAACAUAGCCAAACACAACACAGAAAAUACACACCCUGACUCAACAAAUACAAGUCCCCAGAGUCAGGGCGUGACAUUAGGAUAAGGGUAAGAGUAUGGGUUAGGGUUAGGGUUAGGUUUAGGGUUAGGGUUAGGGUAAGGGAAAAUAGGAUUUUGAAUGGGACUGAAUUGUGUGUCCCAACAAGGUUAGCUGUACAAGACUGUGUGUGUGUGUGUGUGUGUGUGUGCGUGUGUGUGCGUGUGCGUGCGUGUGCGUGUGCGUGUGUGUGUGCGUGAAUGUGAGAGCUCUUGAUAUGAAUAUGAAUGAUAUGAUGAGAGAUGUAUUGGCUUUUUCUCUACCUCUCCAGGGGACAGUCAUAUAGGGUUCAGUGCUGUGUAUCACACGGUGGGUUUUAAGGAGUCUGAAGCCAGAGUCUAUCUCCCUACUGUUCCCAUCACUGCUAAGAUCCUGGAGGUGGAGAGGUUCAAUACAGCUCAGGACAGGUUCAACAUCACGGCACAGAGGAGCGUCAACAAGGUACACACACACACACACAUACACACUCACACACACAUACACACACACACUCACACUCUAUCUCUGUCUGUGUAGAGUCAGCCUGCGGUGUUUAAGAUUGAGCUGAGACAUGGAGAGUUCAGCUGGGUGGUCAAGAGAAAGGAGAAACACUUCAUGGAACUCCACAGAGAACUGGUCCGAUACAAGAUGUUCAUAAGGGUACCGUUACCCUCCCGAAGGUACACUCACACACAGACACACACAUCAAAUUGUAAAGUGAUCAAAUACUCAAUUAUAUACUAAGAAUUUUGAUCAUAUAAAUAUUUGGAUUUUCCAUGGUGCAGUAGAUAUGUACAUUUUAUUUAUCCCCAAUACCAGAGAGUGACCCUACCGUCUUUUACUUGACCACUUCACCUCUCUCUCUCUUUCUCUCGCUCUCAGCCACACAACGAGGAGGAGGACAAUGAAGAAGAGUGAAGCCAGACAGAUGCCUGAGCUGCCGCGUUGCAGAGAUGAGUUGGCACAAGACGAACAGGUCUACAGCAGGAGGGUAGGUGUGUUUGAGUGUGUUUGUCAUAUUAACUUUAUAGAAGAAUACAGUAUAUAUAUGCAUAAACAUUGUACUGUAUAGUACAUCUAUACUGUAGUAAUACUGGAUGUAUUCUGUUCCCUGUACAGAAACAACUGGAAGAUUAUCUGAACAAGCUGCUAAGGAUGGCCAUAUACAGGAAAUACUACCACACUGUGAGUACUAUAAUAUAAUAAUAUAAUAUGCCAUUUAGCAGACGCUUUUAUCCAAAGCGACUUACAGUCAUGCGUGCAUACAUUUUUACGUAUGGGUGGUCAGGGAGUUGGUCAACCAUGUUUUGCCAGUGCUGUGAUAAUAUAUUGUGUCAAAUAACGAAUUUGAAGAAUUUAUCUGCACUGUAUGUGUUAGCUAGCCAGACAGUUUUAGAGGAAUGAUUCCAUUAAUUUUUCAAAUUAACUACCAAUAUGCCAACAUUCCAUUCAAACAAUGCAGUCAAUCCACAGCCAUACACUGGCUCAAAUCAGUUGAUGAUAGGACUUAGACAAGUUGUAAAUGCAACAAGUACUGAUAUUGUAUCAUAUAAUAGCACUCUCAGCUUUCCAAGAAAACUAAAUCUGAGACAUGUAUGGUCUGUUUACAUAUAUUUAGAGGCUAUUUAUACAGAAAAUGUGUAUAUAACCUGUAUAAACUGUAUUUAUAAUUAUAUUACAAUAUUUUAGGUUGACUAUAAUUCCAUUACACAAUUAAGCAAUAAGGCCCGAGGGGGUGUGGUAUAUGGCCAAUAUACCACGGCUAAGGGCUGUUCUUAUGUACAUACGACGCAACGCGGAGUGCUAGGACACAGCCCUUAGCCGUGGUAUAUUGGCCAUAUAUCACAAACCCCCGAGGUGACUUAUUGCUAUUAUAAACUGGUUACCAACGUAAUUAGAGCUGUUUUGUCAUACCCAUGGUAUACGGUCUGAUAUACCACAGCUUUCAGCCAAUCAGCAUUCAGGGCUCGAACCACCCAGUUUAUAAUUUCUGAUAUAUCACAUGACUUACUUUUAUUUUCCUGCAUAAGUAAAAGCAGGGAAUGCAUCACCUAUGCCUCUACUGACAUUCAUUCCAGUUAAACUGGUUUUGGAUUUCUCCCUGAACAAGAUGGCUGCCAUUUUUUGGGGGUUUCUCCCUGAACAAGAUGGCUGCCAUUUAGGCCCCAUUAUGGAACUUUGAGGGUUUAUGACAUAGCCCCUCUAGUAAUAUAAUAGGAUCUCUAUGGUACUACUAAACUAGACUAGACUAUACUAUAGGCGACCGGAACUGGAACUACUACGACUACUGCUUCUCUCUUUAUCUAAUACCCAUUAAUAGUGUUUCUCUCUCUCAGAUGGAGUUCAUAGACGUCAGCCAGAUGUCCUUCAUCCAUGACCUGGGACCUAAAGGACUGUGAGGAACAUCAGAUUUAUUUACAGAUGCUGUCUUUAUGACUGUGGCAUCAUGCCCAUUGUUAUUGAAAAUAUAUUCGUUAUAUUUUGUGUAUGGAUUAUUUAAACGUGUUUCAGGGAGGGGAUGAUACAUAAGCGUUCUGGAGGUCAUCGUAUCCCAGGCUUGAACUGCUGUGGUCACAGUGAAGUCUGCUACCGCUGGUCUAAACGGUUAGUACUCACACAUACAGUGCCUUGCAAAAGUAUUCAUCCUCCUUGGCGUUUUUCCUAUUUUGUUGCAUUACAACCUGUAAUUUAAAUUGAUUUUUAUUUGGAUUUCAUGUAAUGGACAUACACAAAAUAGUCCAAAUUGGUGAAGUGAAAUGAAAAAAAUAACUUGUUUCAAAAAAUUCGCAAAAAUAAAUAACGGAAAAGUGGUGCGUGCAUAUGUAGUCACCCCCUUUGAUAUGAAGUCCCUAAAUAAGAUCUGGUGCAACCAAUUACCUUCAGAAGUCACAUAAUUAGUUAAAUAAUGUCCACCUAUGUGCAAUCUAAGUGUCACAUGAUCUGUCACAUGGUCUCAGUAUAUAUACACCUGAUCUUAAAGGCCCCAGAGUCUGCAACACCAUGAAGACCAAGGAGCUCUCCAAACAGGUCAGGGACAAAGUUGUGGAGAUGUACAGAUCAGGGUUGGGUUAUAAAAAAAUACCCGAAACUUUGAACAUCCCACGGAUCACCAUUAAAUCCAUUAUAAAAAAAUUGAAAGAAUAUGGCACCACAACAAACCUGCCAAGAGAGGGCCGCCCACCAAAACUCACGGACCAGGCAAGGAGGGCAUUAAUCAGAGAGGCAACAAAGAGACCAAAGAUAACCCUGAAGGAGCUGCAAAGCUUCACAGCGGAGAUUGGAGUAUCUGUCCAUAGGACCACUUUAAGCCGUACACUCCACAGAGCUGGGCUUUACGGAAGAGGGGCCAGAAAAAAGCCAUUGUUUAAAGACAAAAAUAAGCAAACACAUUUGGUGUUCGCCAAAAGGCAUGUGGGAGACUCCCCAAACAUAUGGAAGAAUGUACUCUGGUCAGAUGAGACUAAAAUUGAGCUUUUUGGCCAUCAAGGAAAACGCUAUGUCUGGCGCAAACCCAACACCUCUCAUCACCCCGAGAACACCAUCCCCACAGUGAAGCAUGGUGGUGGCAGCAUCAUUACAUUUUUACAUUUACAUCAUUUAGCAGACGCUCUUAUCCAGAGCGACUUACAGUUAGUGCAUACAUUUUUAUUUUCAUACUGGCCCCCCGUGGGAAUCGAACCCACAACCCUGGCGUUGCAAACGCCAUGCUCUACCAACUGAGCUACCUCCCUGCCAGCCAUUCCCUCCCCUGGGCAAAUUGUGCGCCGCCCCAUUGGUCUCCCGGUUGCGGCCGGCUACAGCAGAGCCUGGAUUCAAACCAGGAUCUCUAGUGGCACAGCUAGCACUGCGAUGCAGUGCCUUAGACCACUGCGCCACUCGGGAGACUCAUCAUGCUGUGGGGAUGUUUUUUUAUCAACAGGGACUGGGAAACUGGUCAGAAUUGAAGAAAUGAUGGAUGCCGCUAAAUACAGGGAAAUUCUUGAGGGAAACCUGUUUCAGUCUUCUAGAAAUUUGAGACUGGGACGGAGGUUCACCUUCCAGCAGGACAAUGACCCUAAGCAUACUGCUAAAGCAACACUCGAGUGGUUUAAGGGGAAACAUUUAAAUGUCUUGGAAUGGCCUAGUCAAAGCCCAGACCUCAAUCCAAUUGAGAAUCUGUGGUAUGACUUAAUGAUUGCUGUACACCAGCGGAACCCAUCCAACCAAGUGGCUAGAUGUGCCAAGCUAAUAGAGACACACAAUGCAAACACAAACAUGCAUGCACACACACUGAUGUAUCUCUCCCUGUGUGUAUGUGUGUGUGUGUGUGUGUGUGUGUAUGUGUGUGUAGCUGGUUGGUGGUGAAGGAUUCGUUCCUCUUCUACAUGAAGCCAGACUCAGGAGCUGUAUCCUUUGUUCUCCUGUUGGACAAAGAGUUCAGCAUCAAAAUGGACUCCAAAGACACAGAGACCAAACAUGGAGUACGCAUCGACAGCCUCUCCAGGUGUGGUAUGUGUGUGUGUACAGACAUGCUAGGAGGUGGGGCCAGGAGAUGAAGGAGGUAAUUGUGUUUGUGUGUGCGUGUUCGUGCGUGCGUGUAGGUGCCUUGUACUGAAGUUGAACAGCUACAGACAUGCUCGGUGGUGGGGCCAGGCGAUAGAAGACUUUGUCCGUAAACACGGGAGGGCGUUUCUACGAGACCAUCGAUUUGGUUCCUUCGCUCAGGAGGAGCAGAACAUCCCUGCCAAAUGGUAACUAUGGAAACUGGGAAACAACAAUUUACUCUUAUCCAGAGCGACUUACAAAUUGGUGCAUUCAACUUAUGAUAGCCAGUGGGACAACCACUUUUUUUUUUUUGGGGGGGGGGGGGGAAGAAGGAUUACUUUAUACUAUUCCAGGUAUUCCUUAAAGAGGUAGGGUUUCAAGUGUCUCCGGAAGGUGGUCAGUGACUCUGCUGUUCUGGCGUCGUGGGGGAGCUUGUUCCACCAUUGGGGUGCCAGAGCAGCGAAUAGCUUUGACUGGGCUGAGCGGGAACUGUGCUUCCGUAGAGGUAGGAGAGCUAGCAGGCCAGAGGUGGAUGAACGUAGUGCCCUCGUUUGGGUGUAGGGUCUGAUCAGAGCCUGAAGGUAAGGAGGUGCCGUUCCCCUCACAGAUCCGUAGGCAAGCACCAUGGUCUUGUAGUAGAUGCGAGCCUCAACUGGAAGCCAGUGGAGUGUGCGGAGGAGUGGGGUGACAUGAGAGAACUUGGGGAGGUUGAACACCAGACGGGCUGCAGCGUUCUGGAUAAGUUGUAGGGGUUUAAUGGCACAGGCAGGGAGCCCAGCCAACAGCGAGUUGCAGUAAUCCAGAUGGGAGAUGACAAGUGCCUGGAUUAGGACCUGUGCUGCUUUCUGUGUAAGGUAGGGUCGUACUCUGCGAAUGUUGUAGAGCAUGAACCUGCAGGAUCGGGUCACCGCUUUGAUGUUAGCUGAGAACGACAGGGUGUUGUCCAGGGUCACGCCAAGGUUCUUUGCACUCUGGGAGGAGGACACAAUGGAGUUGUCAACCGUGAUGGCAAGAUCAUGGAGCGGGCAGUCCUUCCCCGGGAGGAAGAGCAGCUCCGUCUUGCUGAGGUUCAGCUUGAGGUGGUGAUCCGACAUCCACACUGAUAUGUCUGCCAGACAUGCAGAGAUGCGAUUCGCCACCUGGUUAUCAGAAGGGGAAAAGGAGAAAAUUAAUUGUGUCGUCUGCGUAGCAAUGAUAGGAGAGACCAUGUGAGGAUAUGACAGAGCCAAGUAACUUGGUGUAUAGAGAGAAUAGGAAGGGGCCUAGAACUGAGCCCUGGUGAGAGCACGUGGUGCGGAGACAGAUUCUCGCCACGGUAGGAGCGACCUGUCAGGUAGGACGCAAUCCAAGAGUGAGCCGCGCCGGAGAUGCCCAACUCGGAGAGGGUGGAGAGGAGGAUCUGAUGGUUCACAUUAUCAAAGGCAGCGGAUAGGUCUAGAAUCAACCCAAAAAAAAUUGUUUAAACUCAUGUAAAGUUUAGUAGUUAGAUGUAAGUUUAGUCAAUGUUAAGUUUAGUAGUUAGAUGUAAGUUUAGUCAAUGUUAAGUUUAGUAGUUAGAUGUAAGUUUAGUCAAUGUUAAGUUUAGUAGUUGGAAAAUGUUGUCAAUGUUUAGUGUAGUAGUUAGAUGGAAAAUGUUGUCAAUGUUAAGUUUAGUAGUUAGAUGUAAGUUUAGUCAAUGUUAAGUUUAGUAGUUAGAUGUAAGUAUUGUCAAUGUUAAGUUUAGUAGUUAGAUCGAAAGUGAAGUGUGUGUGUCUGUGAGCUUUUCUCUAUGCCUGUCUGUCUGUCAACAUCAUGUGGGUUUGGUUGACUGGAACUGUCAAGUGACAUCUGCAUCUAAAAUGUUCUGUUAUGAUAAAUGAGGAACUAGGAGAGGGUGUUGACCAAUGAGAGUGUGUGUGUGUGUGUGUGUGUGUGUGUGUGUGUGUGUGUGUGUGUGUGUGUGUGUGUGUGUGUGUGUGUGUGUGUAUGUGUGUGUGUAGGUAUGUGAAUGGGAAGACCUACAUGGAGGACGUGGCCGAUGCUCUGGAAGAGGCUAAAGAAGAGAUCUUCAUCACUGACUGGUGGUAUGUGCGUGUAUGUGUGUUUAUGUGUAUGUAUGUGUGUGUGUGUGUGUGUGUAUGUGUGUGUGUGUUUGUGUGUGAGUGUGUAUGGAAAUAGACACUGCUGUCAGCAGUUAAUGUGUGAAUAAACACAGCAACAUAACACAGCUACAUGUCAUCACCCAGGCAGACUGUAAAUACAGUCUGUUUAUGUCUAGUGUAGUUUACCAGUCCCAGAUCAAAAACCUGUACAGUAUUCUUACAGUCGACUCCUGAUAAGUGGACUUUGUAUAAAUCUGUAGCAGUGUAAUGUAAUGCUAGCUGCAUUCUGUUUCUAACACCUGUUGGCAGAGGGGCCUAAGGAGUUUCUGGAACCUUACAAGACUCAUGUUGCUCACCUGGCUCACCUCUCACUACACUAGUAACUGAUGUGCUGUACGUCGACUUCUUGUCAAACAUUUUGGUUAAAAAUUGAUGAAGUCCAACAGACACUGUACAAUGCAAAGUAGUUCGCUCAUCAAACUGCUUGAACAGCUUACCACAUGUCACUAAUAGGUUUUGGUGUGUGCGUGUGUGUGUGUAUGUGUGCGUGUGUGUAGGUUGAGUCCAGAGAUCUUCCUGAAGAGGCCAGUUGUGGAGGGAAACAAAUGGAGACUGGACUGCAUCCUCAAACGCAAAGCAGUGAGUUUACACUUGUUAUUCCAGAUGACAUUUAUAUAACCAUUGAUACUGCAGUAUCACUCACAUGUUAGCUAAUAUAAUAGGAACGUUGGAAUUGGCCCAUACACCCUCUCUCACUCUCUCCGUCUCUCUCUCUCUCUCUCUCUCUCUCUCUCUCUCUCUCUCUCUCUCUCUCUCUCUCUCUCUCUCUCUCUCUCUCUCUCUCUCUCUCUCUCUCUCUCUCUCUCUCUCUCCCAACAGCAACAGGGGGUUCACAUUUUUGUGAUGCUGUAUAAGGAGGUGGAGCUAGCUCUGGGCAUCAACAGUGAAUACAGCAAGAGAACAUUAAUACACCUGCACCCCAACAUCAAGGUAGGAGUGUGUCUGUGUGUGUGUGUCUGUGUCUGUGUGUCUGUGUGUGUAUUAAAUGUGUGUGUGUUUUUCCUUCAGGUGAUGCGCCACCCGGACCAUGUGUCGUCGUCUGUGUACCUGUGGGCGCAUCACGAGAAGAUCAUCGUCAUCGACCAAUCAGUGGCCUUCGUUGGCGGGAUUGACCUGGCGUACGGUCGCUGGGAUGACCGAGAGCAUCGCCUGACAGACGUGGGGAGUGUGACACGCUCUGUUGCCCUGGAGAUGGAGCAGGUCAGACACACGCACACACAGACACAAACUUGGAACAGUAAAAACCUUUUGAAUGUACAUAAAACCACAAAAAUAGGUGACCCUAACCUUUAUCCUGACCUCUAACCUCUGACCUCUCUCACCUUCAGCCUCAGAGCUCCGCCCACCAUCCCUCCAGUAGGGGAGUGUCCUCUACCGAUGGUGCCGCCAAUAGCAACGGAGGCAACCAAUCACUGCCUGGCAACCCAGGGGUGGAGCUUCCACGGCUGAAGGGGAUUGGUCGAACAAGGAAGAUGCACUUCUCCCUGGUCAAACACCUCCACAAACACUCUCUGCAGCAUGCAGACAGCAUCAGCUCCCUGGACAGCGCUGGUACGUUUGUGUGUGAGUGUGUGUGUGAGUGUGUGUGUGUGUGUGUUGUCACUGAUCUGACCCCUCUCUCUUUCUUUCUCUGUUAUGUUCUCUCUUUCGUGUGUGUGUGUGUGUGUGUGUGUGUGUGUGUGUGUGUGUGUGUGUGUGUGUGUGUGUGUGUGUGUUUGUAGGCAGUGGUUCAGUGCGAAGCCUCCAGACAGGUGUAGGAGAGCUGAAGGGUGACACCAGGUUCUGGCACGGAAAAGACUAUUGCAACUUUGUCUACAAGGACUGGAUACAGCUGGAGAAACCCUUUGACGGUAGGACUCACACACACACACACAGAGAAAGAAGGGAUAGAGAGAUGUGGAAAAGGAGCUCUCAAUUCAAUGAGGCACUUGAAGUCGGGUGUGUCUGUCUGACCUGAGUGGUGCAGUGGUCUAAGGCACUGCAUUUCAGUGCUUGAGGCGUCACUACAGACCCCCUGGUUUGUUUCCAGGCUGUAUCACAACCGGCCGUGAUUGGGAGUGCCAUAGGGCGGCGCACAAUUGGCCCAGCGUCGUCCGGGUUUGGCCGGUGUAGGCCGUCAUUGUAAAUAAGAAUUUGUUCUUAACUGACUUGCCUAGUUAAAUAAAUAAAAAGUACUGGUAGUAAUAAAUCGAAUCAAUAAUCAUUUGAGUGUAGGUGUGAGGGGGAGCAGUAGUAGUUAGACAUUUAUGGCCAGGGGAAAGAAGCUGUUUAGGAGUUUGUCUAAACACACAUGAGAGAGAGAAUGUAACAGAGAAAGACAGACAGAGAGAGAGAGGGAUCAGAUCAGUGACACACACAAGCAACCCCUCCCCACCACACACAAACAUGCACUCACACACGCUAGUGCACACACUAAAUUUGACAGUAGUUUUCCUCUCUCCAGACUUCAUUGACAGGUACACCACUCCCAGGAUGCCGUGGCAUGACAUCUCCUCUGUGGUCCAUGGGAAGGCUGCCAGGGACGUGGCCAGACACUUCAUACAGCGCUGGAACUUCUGUAAGGUCAGACACACACCCGACUUCAAGUGCCUCAUUGAAUUGAGAGCUCCUUUUCCACAUCUCUCUAUCCCUUCUUUCUCUCUGUAGAUAAUGAAGCCUAAGUAUCAUUCUCUCUCCUACCCGUACCUCCUGCCCAAGUCUCACAGCAGUGCCAGCGAGCUGAGGUACCAGGUGCCCGACUGUGUUCCCACUAGAGUACAGGUAAGACACACACACACACACACACACACACACUAGUGACACACUAACCUGUGUUGUCCUGUCCAGGUGUUGCGGUCAGCAGCAGACUGGUCAGCAGGUAUUAAGUACCAUGAGGAGUCCAUCCACAACGCCUACCUCCAGACCAUCGCCAGGAGCAAGCACUUCAUCUACAUAGAGGUACAAACACUGUACAUACCACUACAUAACACUGCAUAGCACUACAUACACUCCUUAGUACUAGCAAUCCAUAGCACCUCAACUACGUAAAGGUACGUACACACCUUAUAGCGCGACAUAACACUACAUACACAACAAAUCACUACAUAACAAUACCAGUGAGUGGCCCUACCGUCUUCUGCUUUACCACGCUUCACCUCUCUCUCUCCUUUCGCUCUCUCUCUCCUGUCUUUCUCUCUCUCUUCUAUCUCUCUCUCUCUUCUCUCUAUCUCUCCCUUUCUUUUUUUCUUUUUUUAUUUUAUUUCACCUUUAUUUAACCAGGUAAGCCAGUUGAGAACAGGUUCUCAUUUACAACUGCGACCUGGCCAAGAUAAAGCAAAGUAGUGCAAUAAAAACAACACAGAGUUACAUAUGGGGUAAAAAAAAACAUAAAGUCAGAAAUACAACAGAAAAUAUAUAUACAGUAUAUAUAUAUACUUCUCUCUAUCUCUCUCUCUUCUCUCUAUCUCUCCCUUUCUUCUCUCUAUCUCUCUCUCUCUCUCUCUAUCUAUCUCUAUCUCUCUCUCUUCUCUCUCUUCUCUCUCUCCUCUCUCUCUCUCUCUCUCUCUCUCUCUCUCUCUCUCUCUCUCUCUCUCUCUCUCAUUAGAACCAGUUUUUCAUCAGUUGUGCUGACAACAAGAUGGUCCAUAACAAGAUCGGAGAAGCGCUCAUCGAGAGGAUCCUCAGAGCUCACAAGUAUGUGUGUGUUGGUGUGCAAGGUGUGUGUGUGUUUUAGUGUGUGUGUGCUGGUGUUGGUGUGUAAGGUGAAGGUGUGUGAGGUGCAGUAUUUCAUGUGUUUGUAUCUUUCUGUAGGGAGGGCAAGAAGUUCCGUGUGUACGUGGUGACUCCACUACUUCCUGGGUUUGAAGGUGACAUCACAACAGGGGGAGGAAACGCCCUCCAGGCCGUCAUGCACUUCAACUACAGGUGACACACACACACACGUGCGCACACACCCACACACAUGCACUGUUUUCAUUAUUAACUGAGCUCUCCUAUCCUCUUUAGGACCAUGAUCAGAGGUGAAUACUCCAUCAUCUCCCAGCUGAAGAAAGAAAGUAAGGAUAAUAAUAUUCUCACAUACAAAUCAUGACACACACACACACCUCCAGUAGAUGAACUCCAUAUGGUUCUGUGGUCUGAGAACUAACCGUGUGUGUGUUUCAGUGGAUGAGCUCCAGUGGAUGAACUACAUCUCGUUCUGUGGUCUGAGGACCCACGCUGAACUGGAGGGACGCCUGGUCACAGAGCUCAUCUACGUCCACAGCAAGAUGCUCAUCACAGAUGACAACACCGUCAUCAUAGGUGUGUGUGUGUUGGGGGUGGGGACAAGGGAGUCUUGUGUGAGUAUGUUUUCAUGAAGUGAUUUCAGGGAGUGAGAAACAAAAAGUAUUCAACAUGUUUCAUGUUCAUAUAACAAGCACGACUAAGAAUUGGCAGCUUUCACAGAGUGAUGUUUAGAGUUAGACGGAGCCUCAGUUUUUACCCUUGAUCCCUCUGCUGGUGAAUGAGUGAACUGCAGCCUCUGUGUUCAUCUCAUUGGUGUUGGCUGCAAUCUGAUGCGUUUUCACUGUGUGUGUGUGUGUGUGUGUGUUAGGUUCGGCCAACAUCAACGACCGCAGCAUGUUGGGGAAGCGUGACAGCGAGGUGGCGGUGAUCAUUGAGGACUCUGAGACCGUUACCGCGGUGAUGGACGGACAGGAGUACCAGGCUGGACGUUACGCACUGGCGCUACGUCUAGAGUGUUUCAGGUACACACACACACACACACACACACACACACACUACAGCUAUGCCUUGGGUGGUUUGGGUGUGUAUAACUGUUCUUUUGGUCCUUAUCUGAUCACUAAGACAAUACACAUAUCAUCUCAUUGUGUGUGUGUGUUCUCUCUUGUCAGGACUAUCCUUGGAGCUCAUACGGACACGACCAUUGAUGUGUCUGACCCUGUCUCUGACCGCUUCUAUAAGGAUGUCUGGAUGACAACCGCUGGACGCAACGCAACCAUCUAUGAGAAGGUGUGUGUGAGUGUGUGUAUGUGUGUGUGUGUGUGCGCAACCUCCUUUGUGAAUGUGACAUUUAACUCACUUUACUCUCUCUUUCUCUCUUGUUCUCCCUCCCUCCCUCCUCUCACUCCAGGUGUUCCGGUGCCUGCCGUCCUCCCUGGUUCGUAACAUGUCUGAGUUAGAGAGUUACCAGACAAACCCAGGCCUGGCCCAGUCUGACCCAGGUAAAGCCCAGGAGGAGCUAAGAAGGACCAGAGGGUUCCUGGUUCAAUUCCCUCUGGACUUCCUCUCAGAGCAGAACCUAAUGCCUUCUGUUGGGACCAAAGAGGGCAUGGUGCCUACUGAGAUCUGGACCUAGAGGACUAGAUACACACACAGGAGAAUUCACACACACUCACAUACACACACACACAGACCACUGCAUUGAACUGUGGAUCUGAAGACUGAAGUCGAACUCUGGACCUCCAGCUGGUAGCUGACAACUCAAACCACAAACAUAGAGGACCAGGAUGCUGAUUGGCCCGUCACAUCCACAACUCAGCCAAUGAGACUGCUUGCUACGCAGACUAAUGAGGAAGUGCAGGGUUCUCAUAUCCAUUCAGGAGGACACAACGCUACAGGAUAUUCAGAUCCUCUCAUCAUGUAGGAUAGGGACCUGGUUAGCAUCUGCAAAUGUAUAGGUUCAGAAUGUUUCACCUGAAAAUGGGUGAAGAAAAUGAGCACCUUAGUUCAAGUAGAUCCUCCUUCAUUUCUAAAUGUUUUCUCCUGUUUUGUGCCUUCUGAAUGCGACCCUGGACAUUCUCCUAUGCCUGUCACUUGCUCCAUUUGUUAUGUAUGUUUGUAUGGUCGUAGCACUACCUAAGCUGACAUACUGUCUUUCGCUGUAGUGCCUGAAGUUAUGUUUUUUUUUUUUUUCUAGAAUGGAGGUUGUCUUUGAGAAUAAGACAUGUAAAUGUUUACAAUCUAAAUGUGGAAUUGUUCAUGUCAGCAUAGGCCUACAGCAAGGAUGAGACAAUCUGAUGACUGGGAUGAGCACAUAACUGAUGGGAUGCGCUCACCAAUGUCAGCCCACACCACCCAACAGAGGGUGCCACACACCCAUCUAUUUCUGUCUGUCUGUCUGCACUUGCAUACUUAAAACAUAUGACUGAUUGAUUGAUUGAUGUGAGAGGAGGAGCAGUGAUGUACCAUAUAGCUUUAUACAACGG